AGUCAACAGACUUCACAGACUCUGGGAGAGCAGUCUGUGACUGACAGCUCUGCAACACCUUGUCUGAAAGCCACCAGAAGAGGGGAAAAUGAAAUUUGCCCUCCAAGCCACUCUGUCCUUUGGGCUGCUGGCUCUGUGUCUUGCAUCUUCUUCGGUAAGAUGGUGCACAAUAUCCAAUGAAGAGCAGGAGAAAUGCCUAAGGCUUAAGCAGGAAUGCUUUUCCCAGCAACAAUCCAAGGAUUUUCCAGAACUGAUUUGUGUGAGGAAGACUGAUUACCAGGAGUGCAUAACAGCUAUUAAAAACUCAGAAGCAGAUGCCAUCACUUUAGAUGCCGGUCUUAUUUUAGAAGCAAGCUUGAACCCUUAUUAUCUAAAGCCUGUUAUAGCUGAACUUCAUCAAAAAAGCUCAGGAGUAACUACUACUAGUUAUCAUGCCAUUGCUGUUGUGAAGAAAGGAACUAUUUCUUCACUUGAAGAGCUCAAAGGGAAGAGAUCUUGUCACACUGGUUUUAGAAGAUCUGCAGGCUGGAUCAUCCCAGUAGGAACUCUUGUGUCUAAGAAUUUGAUACAGUGGGAUGGAACAGAAUCAGUACCUGUAGAAAAUGCUGUAGGAAAUUUUUUUGACGUCGGUUGUGUCCCAGGUCUCAAAAAUAUACUAAAUCUGUGCCUUGCUUGUCACACCAGAACCUGUGACUUGAAUGAUCCUUAUGCUGGAUAUGCAGGAGCCUAUCAGUGUCUGAAAUCUGGAUCUGGAGAUGUGGCUUUUGUGGAUGAGGGAGUCGUGUUAGAUGACUGUGCAGAAGAAAGAAGCAAAUAUGAGUUACUUUGUGUUGAUGGCUCCAGAAAGCCUGUUGAAGAAUAUGAAUCCUGUAACUGGGCUAGUGUGCCAGCUCCUGCUGUGGUGACACGAUCUGUUGAUGGUUGGACAGAUAAAAUCUGGGCACUCCUCUCUUAUGCACUGGAACAGAUGAAGCAAAAGCAAACAAGAUGCCAACUUUUUAAAUCUCCUCAUGACUCUGGCAAAGAUCUCCUGUUUAAGGAUAGUGCGGUUGGUCUUAUUCAAUUGCCUGAACGAACAGAUGCUGAACUUUACCUAGGUCCUAAAUUCAGUGCUGCAAUUCAGAGUCUCAAAAGAGAGAGAUUUGAUUCAGAUCCUGAUACCACAGAAAGUAUUGUGUGGUGUGCAGUGGGCAAGGCUGAACAGAAAAAAUGUUAUGUGUGGAGUGCACAGAGCGAUGGUGCCAUUGAAUGUGCUGUUGCAGAAACUACAGAAGAUUGCCUUAUCAAGAUCAUAAAAAGAGAAGCUGAUGCCAUUACCUUGGAUGGCGGGCAUAUCUACACUGCUGGAAAAUGUGGCCUUGUCCCAAUAUUGACAGAAAUCCCUCGUGAAGAUUCUUCUGCCUGUGAUCCCAAGAAAGGUGUAACAGGUAAAGGCUACUAUGCUGUAGCUGUUGCUAAGAAACGUGACGCUGACAUCAACUGGACCACUCUGAGAGGAAAGACCUCCUGUCAUACUGGUGUUGGUAGAACUGUUGGCUGGAUUAUUCCCAUGGGCCUCAUUAACAAUCAGAAUAAUCUUAGUUGUAACUUUGAUACAUUCUUCAGAGAAAGCUGUGCGCCGGGUGCACCUCUUGAGUCUACAUUGUGCAAACUAUGCAAAGGCAGCGGUGGUGAUGGUGCCCUGUCUCAGAAAUACAAAUGUAAACCUAACAGCAAUGAAAUCUUCUAUGGGUAUACUGGUGCUCUUCGAUGCGUGAUUGAAGCAGGAGACGUAGCUUUUGUUAAACAUACCACCAUCACUGAGGUCACAGAAGGAGAAAACAGACCUGCUUGGGCAAGUGGCGUAACUUCUUCUGAUUUUGUUCUUCUGAGCCAAACUGGUGAACGUUGUCGUCCUGAUGAAUAUCAAAGAUGUCAUUUGGGCACAAUUUGCAAUCAUGCAGUGGUGUCAAGACCUGAACGAGCAGAAGUGGUUAAAAAGGUGGUACUUGAGCAACAGAAACUAUUUGGAUCACAGGGAACGCAGAAAGAUGUCUUCCAGUUGUUCCAAUCUGAAGCCAAAGAUAGCUUGUUCAAAGAUGACACAGAAUGCUUAGCUAUUCCAAAUGAAGAUACCUUUGAGCAAUAUCUUGGGCAGGAAUAUCUGCAGUCUCUUGAAAAAUUCACCAAAUGUUCACCUUCAGAACUCCUUAAGGUCUGCACCUUCCCACACUCAUCGAUGCUUCAUACGUAUUUGUCCAAAGCCCAAGAUUCCUGUUAACUCAAUGCGGCCGAGGCAAACCAGAAGAUUGGACACUGAUAUUUUACAUCAUGGCCUUUUGGAUACUUAAACAAGGGCUGUCAUGUUUCCACAUUGUCUUACAUCUUCGGGCUAAAGACAUCCGUUGCCUCCAGUUCCGUUAAAGUAUUGCCUUCCAGCCUCCUUAUCAUCUUGAUAAUAAAGGUUUGUCUAUGAGCAUAA